AAAGAAAAAGUCGGGUUUUGUACAUUACUUGAAAAAUCUUUGAAUUGUCCGGAGCAAAAUGAAGCAAUUUGUCAAAAAUGCGGGAAAUUGGCGCGCAUAGCUUCAAAACGUCGUGUUCGAGUACUUCCAAAUGUGCUGGCAUUAGAUGUGACUGCGGAUUCGGAGGCGGAACAAAAUUUCUGGAGCACACAAAUUCAGGCAUUUGAAAAUCGACCAGCCGGAUCGACAAAUAUGUUGGGGGAACGAGUGUCAAAAAUAUCCGGCAGAUUUGGCCACGAGUGUAAGGGCCUAAACUACCGACACGCUCAUGGCACUGAUAGUGGUGGUUCUGCUACUUCGGAGGCUGAUACUCAUUACAUACCAGCUGUUGUGAAUGUCAAAGUGGCCGAUGGAAUUUGUACCGUUUCUGAGAAGAAACUUGAAAAAUCUGUACGGUUUCGUCUUGAGUCGGCCGUCUUUAUCAUUACCGAGAAUGAAGCAAAAGGAAGAUUUGAACAUUUGGUCGCUGCUGUCAGGCUAAAACAGGCCGGAGAACGCGUGGUAUCUCAGAUAUGUGCAGUAGACACGGAUGGAAGUUGCUUCAUGAACACUAUUAUGAAGAAAGAUAUGGCCGAGACACCUAGUUUGCGGCUCGACAAAGCCAACCAGCAAUCACUGAAACGAGCUGCUCUGAAGCUCCUGUAUUUGGCCCAAGAGAAGAUGACUAUUAUCGGUUACAAAAUUGACGAGCUGUUUCAGAUGCUGAAUAUCCACGUGCCGGAGGCGCAAGUGAAGGAUGUUUUAUCGCUUUAUCGCGAGUCAGUUGACGAAAAGCGAGCCGAUCCAAUCAAUCUUGCUCGCUUGUCGACACGACUCUACGCAAAAUUCAUUGAACUGAAAGAGGCCGAUGAAACGGAUCUGAACAUAACUGCGCUAGCUCAAGAGAUGGAGAAAAAUAUUUCAUAA